AUGCGUGCCGUACAAUGGCGUUCAAUCAAAGGCGGCAUCGAGAAAAACCUCAAGCCAGUCAUGAACGCUGAACUCCCCAGAUGCGCCCAGUCGCUCAAGAAAGGCCAUACACUCGUCAAAGUUACAUACGCAUCGCUCAAUCAUCUCGACUAUAAAGUGGCCGAAAUGCCUCUGUGCAGUAUAAUAUUCCCCAAGCCUGCCACGCCGGGUCUUGACUUUUCCGGCACAAUUGUCUCCACGACGUUGGAAGAAUUCGAAGAAGGCCAGCAUGUCUUUGGGAGAACCGAGUUGCCUACUGGUGGAACCAUGGCAGAGUAUGUAGUUGUCAGGGGUGAAGGAAUAGCGGCCUUACCGGAUGGCGUGUCCCUCAGAGAAGCAGCUUGUAUUGGUAUCUGCGGUACAACUGCUUUGCAGUGUCUUCAACCGUUCUUGAAGUCGGGAGAGAGGGUCUUUAUUAACGGUGGUAGUGGAGGUGUUGGCAUGUUUGCGAUUCAAAUUGCUAAAGCUUUGGGCUGUUCUCACGUCACAACAACUUGCUCAGCGGCCAACGCCGAGUUUUGUCGAAAUCUUGGUGCGGACGAGAUUAUCGAUUAUAACACGGAGAACCCCCUUGAGGUGCUCAAGAGAUGUGAAGAGCAAUUUGACUGCGUCUUUGACACGGUCUUUGUCAACCCAGACAUGUACUGGCAAUGCCACCAAUACCUCAAACCCAACGGAACAUAUGUUUGCGUUGGUCUACCACCAAAACUCCAGACCUUCAAGUCUCUCCUCGCUAUCAGGCUGUUACCAAGCUGGUUAGGAGGCGGAAAAAGAAAAUUCAAGUAUCAUUCGGUCACUGCGAACAAGAUAGAUUUCACUCAAGUUGCCGACUGGAUCAGAGAUGGGACGAUUAGCACAUUUAUCGAGCAGGAGUUUGCAUUGGAUGAUGCAGGAAGGGCUUAUGCGCGACUGAAAGUAGGAAGAACGAGGGGAAAGCUGGUCGUUCGUAUUGGAGGGGAGCCUGGCGGGGAUCAGUAUGACAUGGAUCUUUAA